AUGGUAGAACCAUUUCAAGAAGAAGGAGUGACAACAACCCUUGAGUUUCUCAAAAAGGAAAACGCAUACAGAAGAAAAGAAAGAAACAAUACAGAGCCUCACAAAAAGCUUGCAGGGCUAAAAUAUGAGUUUAGCAAAGUGGAAGACCUCGAUGAAGAAGAAUACGAAGAAAGAGAAAAUUUAAUUACAAAACCAGAAAGCGGCUGCCAAGUGGUUUCAUUAAUUUUUCCAGACGGCACCAACACUAUGAUGAUUGUAAAUGAAGAGCAGGACUCUUUAUCAUGCUUACGAGCUAAACUUGGUAUAAGAGCUAGAGAGCAACGCAGGACUCGCUCUUACACAACUGACACCAAUAUCUCAUUUCUCCAAUUCUUUUACGAACUCAAAGGCAUAGUCCAACAGGUUCCCAAGGAAAUGGAGCAGUUAAAAUUUAAAGAGCUUUUAACCCUAGAGCAUAUUAAAGAAAACGUGAUUAAUGAAUGCUUAGUUUUAUACUUCGGGGUAAAUGAAAGCAGAGGAAGCUUGAAUUCUGAAAGAAAAGGAACUGAAACGUUGAGAGAAAUCGUCGAAAUCACUCUUAAUGGGAUUUCUGAAUUUAAGCAACAAGUUUUUGCUAUAAAUAAAGCUGAAGAUUGCAAGAAAACUGAAAUAAUUAUUCUAAAUAUUGAUGGGGAGCAGCAAACGUAUUUGAAAGGAAAAGAUUUGGUGAGUCUGGAAGGAAAUGCUGAAGAGCUGAAGAUAACUUUUACGCCUAGGCAAGAGUAAACGAUAUUUAGAGCGGACACCCCUAGCUUUGUAGUGCUGUUUAAGUCAAAAGAAGCAUUUAAUUUAUGUCUUGCUGCAAUAAACUUAAACUAUCCGUCAGAUUUGCCUGAAGAAGCAUUUUCUCUUGAGAGGUAUCAGGUUGCCUAUGACAGUGUAAAUGAUACAAGGCAUUUUUUAGUAAAAAAGAUAAAUCGAUACGGUUUUAAACAAAAAAGACUUGUCUGAUUCUGCAAAGACGAUUUUUCUUUCCACAUCACAAACCUGACUUUAAAAAGCCACAAAAUCCAUGAAAUGAGAAAUAUUUCUCAAUUUAUAAAAAAGGGCAAGCGUAAAUUGUCUAUACGAUUUGAAAAUGAUAGUAAAAUUAGGGACAUUCUCAUUCUUUUUAAUAGUGCAUUAGAGCUUUACGAGUUUAAUUCUCUCGCUCAAAAUAUGAUACACCUACUAAAUGAGUCUCAAUGCAAAACUGAAAAAUUUUCUGUUGUCAGCCAAGAAAGCAGUGAGUCACCAACUAACUCAGCUAGAACUUCAAGAAAGUAUACUUGACUUAAUAAACAGAAUUUCCCUACAGUAUCUGAAGAAUCAAAUGAGCUUUCUUAUAAUGUGGUACAGACAAGCUUUAUUUCUCAUGAUAGAAGGUUUCUCAUUUUAAAUGGCGAUUUAAAAGAAAUUAAAUUGAAUAACCACAAAAAUAACCCUAUCAAACAAAUUCCAAUUCAAUCAGCAAAAAUAGUGUUUUCAAAAGAAGAUUUAAGGAAAAUUAAAAUUGAGUCUGGAAAAGAUAGGCUAGAAUAAAUAAAAAUAGGAAUUUUUCAGAUAGGAAUUAUUUUAACUAAAAUUCAAUAAAUGCAGCAUAAAAUUGAGCUUAUUUUUCCAAGUGUGUUUAUGAAGUACCACUUUGUGUGUAAUUUUAAUAAACUUAAAUACCCAGAACGUGGAUUGUUGGGAAAGCCAAAACAAUUGUUAACAAUUCCUUUAAAAAUAUGGGUAAGCUCUUGGAACAUCGGCUAUAUGGAUGAGCCUAACUCAGAAGAGCUUUUAAGAUGACUCGAAGGAUCUGAAGGACAUGAUGUCAUCGCAUUAGGAUUCCAAGAAUGUAAAAAAAGCAAAAGAGUCGCAUGGCUGACAGCACUAAAUAAUUAUUUAGACUCAAAAGAGUACUCAAUGAUUGCUUUUAUUUCUAUGUGGGAAAUGUUUUUAAUUAUUUAUGCACGAGAUGAAUUAAAAGAAAAAAUCACUGAUAUCCAAAAAUUGUAUGCUUUUUUAAAACAAUUAUUUUAUAGGAAAAUUCGGAUUAUUUUAUCGAAAAUUUUAUUUAUUCAUUUUUAAAAGUACAUAAACCUACAGGAAUAGCUCAUAUUAUUGGCAACAAAGGCGGGCUUGUAAUUACCUUCAAAAUUGAAGAAACUUCUUAUUGCUUUGUUUCCUGCCACUUAGCUGCACGUGAAGAAAGAGUGCCGCAGAGAAACCAAAAUGUGAAAGAUUUACUGAGCUUAAAGCCAAGCAGCUUAGAAAUGGAUUUUACUGUAGAAUUUGAUUACAUUUUUUGGUUUGGAGACAUGAAUUAUAGAGUUGAAGAAAAUUAUGAUUUAACUGUAGAAAUGUGCGCAACAAACCAAAUCAGCACUCUGUGGGAUAAAGAUCAACUUAUCAGACAAAGAAACGAAAAUUGCAUAUUUUCUCAAUUUUUUGAAGGAAAUCUCAAUUUUUGUCCAAGCUACAGGUGAAGUAGGUUAGUAGACGAGUGAAGCAACAAGAGAAACCAAGCGCCAAGCUGAACAGACAGAAUUAUGUAUAAAACUCAUAGACAAAUUGAACUUUUACAAUAUACAGCUCUCCACAAGUGUUAUGGAAGUGAUCAUAAACCAAUUACAGGUAGCUUUGCCACACAAGCAUUACAGUGAUAUAUGCCUGAAUAUUUAUCAAUUUCUCAACAAGACCCACAGUAUGGUAUAGUUGAGUUUAAUUGGCUACAAAUAGAGCUUGACGACUCUCUCCAUACCUCAAUGAUCCAGCUUUCUUUUUAUUCUCCAUUUAUCUUAUGUAUCCCAUACUCUACUAAAAUUGAUGCAGGAAAUGAAAAAAAAUUCAGACUUGAAGCUAAAUUAUUGCCCACAAUUACUAUUGUAUUUGCUGAUGAAACUUUUGUGAGGGAACAAAGAGUAGUUGCUUUACUAUGGCAGUUCACUGAAAACGGAGGCCAAGAAGUAAUUGGACAAGCUUCUUUGCAGUUUCAAGGGCUCUUUCAUGACUAUGACUCAAAUUCCACAAUAGAUUCUUCAGCAAGCUUAAAUUCCAGCGAAAUUUCUGCAUAUUUAGAAUUUCAAACCAGAAGGAUUGGCCAAAUAAAAGCAUUAUCAUUAAUAUUAACUAUAUGAUUAAGAGGCCCGUCGUAAUACUAGGGUUUCCCCUGCUCUACCUUGACCCUUCACGCUUCACCCGGUUGCUCACCACCAAUCGAUCACGACCUUCAAGGUGUAGCUCCUACUGGACGAGGAUGUGCGCUCGCAGUAUGUCAACAGAGGUUGCCCAUUCCGAAAAUUUGAAAAACAAAUUUUCUGGUAGGACUGUCGGCAAAAAUGGAAAUCCAAAGCCUGGGAUGUAACACCCAGCUUCACGCUAGGGAGUUGCCCGAUUGAUCAGGAGGUACCUUCCUGAUAUGCUGAGCUUCCCCUUUCCAACCUUGGAAACCAUUUCCCUGAGGCAAAAACCCUAGUGCCAGAAAGAGCUGAGGUUAACCAAACUCGACUUUGCGCUCCAUUGUGCCAAGGAAAAACCUAGCCGGAUAUACACCCGAACGCGCCUUUUCCCCUUCCACAAGGUCCCCGGGUUCUAGCAGACUCCCGGCUACAGGUGUUGAGAAAAAGGGCUGGUUCGCCGUCGCAUUUUAAUGUAUAUGGCGAAACAAAAGCAAGCUGGAAAUAUUAUGUAAGCACUAUAAAAGACCAGCCUAAUUAA